AUGAAAAUCAAGCUAAGUUCCUUCAGGUUAAGUGCCUUCGAUUUGUUUCAGAUAGUCCUUAGACUGAUAUUUGAAAAACAGAAGGAAACACGUUCCUUAGAUUGACAUUUAGAAACAAAAGAAAGACAGCACUCUUGACAAAUAGUCUGUAACAUCCUUCGACAAAUAGUUGAGCCAUUUUGACCAUUCUUUAGAGAUUAACUCUUAUUGUUAGAUUCAUGCUCGCCAUUCAUUUACGCGAUUAUCUUUAAUCUGAUUAACGCUUCCAUUACCCUUUGCUUGCAUGAUUUUGCAGAAUCGAUGUGGCUACGACGGGAUCAUCGACGGCAACGAUUGGGAACGCGUCAGGGAAUGGAAGACCAGUUUAACGAAACGAGAUUUUUCUGCGAGACUUGUGGUAAAUCCUACAAAUGGAAGGAAUCCCUGUUUAAACACAAGCGCGUAGAAUGCGGGAAACUGCCACAAUUUAUUUGCAAAGUUUGUGGAUACCGAUUUAUGCAUAAACAUCAUUUGGUUAAACAUUUGACUUCUAUUCAUCGAAUCGCUCCUUUAAAUGGCACAGCCAUGCUAGUUUUUCAAUAA